AUGCCCAGCUGUCAGAGAGAUGCCCAACUGUCAAGAGAGAUCCCCAGCUGUCAGAGAGAUCCCAAGCUGUCAAGAGAUCCCAGAGAUCAGCUGUCAGAGAUCCCCAGCUGUCAGAGAGAUCCCCAGCUGUCAGAGAGCCAGCUCAGAGAGAUCCCAGCUGUCAGAGAUACCAGCUGUCAGAGAGAGAUGCUUAGCUGUCUGUCAGAGAGAUCCCCAGCUGUCAGAGAUCCCCAGAUCGAGAUAUGCCCAGCUGUCAGAGAGAGAUGCCCAGCUAGUCAGAGAGAUGCAACCUGUCUAGAUCAGCUGAGAGGCUGGCUAUCAGAGAGAUGCCCAGCUGUCAGAGAGAUCCCCGAGAGAGGCUGGCUGUCAGAGAGAUGCCCAGCUGUCAGAGAGAGAGCCCCCAGCUGUCUGAUCCCCAGCUGUCAGAGAGAUGCCCAGCCUGUAGAGGCCCCAGCUGUCAGGAGAGAUCUUGACUGUCAGAGAGUAGCUGUCAGAGAGAUGCCCAGCUGUCAGAGAGAGCCCCAGCUGUCAGAGAACUGUGUCAGAGAGAUCCCCAGCUGUCCCCAGCUGUCAGAGAGAGAUGCCCAGCUGUCAGAGAGCCCCAGCUGUCAGAGAGAUGCCCAGCUGUCAGAAGAGAUAUCAUCUGUCCCAGAUCCCCAGCUGUCAGAGAGAUCCCCAGCUGUCAGAGAGAGAUCCCCAGCUGUCAGAGAGAGGUCCCAACUGUCCCCAGCUGUCAGAGAUCCCCCAGCCAGAGAGAGAGAUGCCAGCCAGAGAUAUGCCCAGCUGUCAGAGAGAGAUGUAGCUGUCUGUCAGAGAGAUCCCAGCUGUCAGAGAUAG